AUGGCUCCAAAUCUCAACCUCAUCGACGGGAAGGUGGACUAUUCCACGCCCGGUGCAGGUGGGUAUGAUAUUCCGAAUAUCGUGUUGAAUGACCCGAAGAACCGCAAGUUGAAGGUUCUCACUAUCGGCGCUGGGUUCUCCAGCAUCAUGAUGGCGCGGAGUAUUCAAAAGUUCUGUGAGAAUGUGGACCUGGUCAUAUACGACAAAAACCAUGACAUUGGAGGAACAUGGCUGGAGAAUCGUUAUCCUGGUGCCGCGUGCGACGUCCCAUCGGCAGCAUACACGUAUAACUGGGCGCUCUACCCUGACUGGCCCAGAUUCUUCAGUCGCUCCGCUGACAUCUGGGCGUACCUAGACAAAGUCUGCGAGGCGUUUGGCCUUCGAAAAUACAUGACCUUUAAUACUUUAGUGACACGCGCAGAGUGGUUGGAGGAUGAAGGCAAAUGGAAGAUAUCUUUGCGUCAGUCCGCACCAGACGGAUCAGUCCGAGAGUUCGAGGAGACAUGCGAUCUAUUCCUGUACGCAUCAGGGAUUCUCAACGAUUUCAAAUGGCCGGAUCUACCUGGUCUCAAGUCGUUCAAAGGUCGGGUUGUGCAUACCGCACGGUGGCCCAAGGAUUAUCAAGAAGAGGAGUGGAAGAACGACAGGGUUGCGGUCAUCGGCUCAGGGGCAUCGUCAAUACAGACCGUCCCAAAUAUGCAGCCGCACGUCAAUCAUAUGGAUAUCUUUGUUCGCACUGGUGUCUGGUUCGUUCAAUUCGCAGACAGCCACAGCCAAAACAAGAUAUACACCAAAGAGGAGCAGGAUAAUUUCCGAAGCAACCCGAAAAACAUGGUCGCCCACUCGAAAGACAUUGAGAAUCAAAUCAACGGCAUGUGGGGAACUUUCUACCACGAGUCGGAAGGACAGAAACUGGGGCAAGCGCUCUUCAGGGAGAGGAUGAAGGAGUUCAUCAAGGACGAAAGGUUGCUGCAAGGAUAUACACCAAAGUUCCAAGUCGGAUGCCGCAGAGUCACCCCCGGCGAUCCCUACAUGCUCGCAAUCCAGGAGAAGAACAUCGAUGUCCACUUCACGGCCGUGGAGAGAAUCACCGAAGAGGGCGUGGUCGGUGCCGAUGGAGAAGAGCGGAAGUGCGACACGAUAAUCUGCGCCACCGGUUUCGACGUAACCUAUCGUCCACGAUUCCCCAUCAUCGGCCGAAAUGGCGUCUCUCUGAACGACAAGUGGGCCAAGGUCCCCGAAUCCUACCUGGGGCUCGCGGUCUCCGACAUGCCGAACAUGGUGAUGUUCAUCGGACCCACAUGGCCCGUCGAGAACGGCAGUGUGGCAGGCCCGCUCCAGUACGUGGUGAACUACACUGUUGACGUCAUCCACAAGAUGCAGAACGAGAACAUCAAGAGCUGGGUCCCAAAGCAAGAGAUGAGCGACCUCUUCAAUGAGCACGCACAGGAAUGGAUCAAACACACCGUCUGGAAAGACUCCUGCCGCUCCUGGUACAAGAACAACGACACUGGCCGCGUCAACGCCAUCUGGCCUGGCUCCUCCCUGCACUACAUUGAGACCAUCUCGAAGCCCCGCUACGAGGACUUCGAGAUCAAAUACUACAACAAGAACCCCUGGGCGUUCCUGGGCAUGGGUUACUCCCUGCUCGACACGGUGCCCGGCUCCGACGUCUCGUAUUAUUUCAAGGAGGAGAAUAUCGACCCGGUGUGGGCGAAGGCGGUGGGGAUCAAUCUUAGUGGCUUGGAAGAAGCGGAAGCGGCGGAGAGCAGUGCGGAUGCCGCGACGACUGCGGGCGCUGGUAAGUGGUCUCUGGUUGUGUAG